ACAAGAGACAGACAGACGGACUGGACUGAACCUGCGUCCACAAACAGACGAGAAGACGAGAGGAAUGGGAGGAGUGUAUGGAAAGAAGAAGUCGUACGACAUCGACCACGAUGACCAGACCUCUGUGACUCAUGGAAACAGCAGAGCCUCAGCGUAUGGAGACCUGCAUCAGCAUCGGACUGAGGGCGUCCACAGGAGGCCGUCCCUAGUGUCCGGCUAUGUCCCCCAGCCGGACAGAGUGGGAGAGGACGAAGAGGACGAAGACCUCAUCAAACCCAAAAAACUGCUGAAUCCAGUCAAAGCUUCCAGGAGUCACCGAGAGCUUCACAGAGAACUGCUGAGCAGCUGCAGAGGGGGCGACAGUGUGGAGAUCAAACCUGAGCUGCAGAGAGUCCUGGAGAGCAGGAAACGAGAUCAGCUGAUCAAACAGAGGAAACAGGAAGAGGAAGCACACAGGAAGAUCUCACCUCUGGAGGCGGAGCUACUGAAGAGACACAAGAAGCUGGAGGAGGAGAUGGAGAAACAACAGAAGAUGGAGGAGAAAAACCUGAAAGCUCCAGAAUUUGUCAAAGUCAGAGAGAAUCUGAGACGGACGUCCUUUAAAGACGAGGACGAGGUGUAGUGACAGAGCUGUCCUGUAGGAGGCAGUGGACACAGAGACAAUCAAAUGACUAACACUGAGGACACACUGAGGAGUCUCUGGUCACAUGGUCUGUGAUGGACACGUGUGGACACUCCUCUCAGUGGACGACAGUGAACUUGUGCCUAGAACUCGUCACAGUGACGUGUCCCUCUUUAAUGACAUCACUAAUGACAUCAUGACUCGUCACAGUGACGUGUCCCUCUUUAAUGACAUCACUAAUGACAUCAUUACUUGGUGUUUGAUGCUAAUUACGUGAAAUAAUUUUCAUCAACGAUUCUAAUGAAGAGAUAAUCAAUGAUGUCCACGUCCACCAGAGAGCGACGUGGGACACAAGUGUAAUGUCAAACUUUCAGACUCAUAUUCUUAAAUGUAAACUUUGUGGUUUGAACCUGAAUAAAUACAUCUGACUGAAUGUAAUAACAUGACUGACAUAAACAGGUUCUGUCUGUGCUGUGAGCGCCCCUUGCUGCCCCCCCAUGAUCACGUCCUGUGCGCUCUGAUUUUCUCUGUGGUCUUUGAUGUGGGAGAGUGAGUGGUUCUUCAGCAGCAGGGGGUGCUCUAUGGUAACAAUGUUGAACAUGUAUGAGCAUAUACAAACAAAUAUAAAAAUAAAAUGAUAUGAAAUAAAA